AUGCAGAUAGCAGGCCUGGAGUGGAGGUACCCAGCUUUACAGAUAAGUGUUGACCUCCUAGGUGCUGAGACCCAGUCUUUGCUAUUGGGGGCUCCGGUGGAAAUCACCGACACCGGUAACGAUGAGGGCCUGCAGCGGGCCCUGCAAUUCGCCAUGGCGGAGUACAACAAGGCCAGCAACGACAUGUACUCCAGCCGGGUGGUGCGGAUCAUCAGCGCCAAGAAGCAGAUUGUGGCUGGAAUCAAGUACAUAAUGAAAGUCGAGAUUGGCCGGACAACUUGCCCAAAGCCAGCGACUGAUCUCCAGAGCUGUGCUUUCCAUGACGUGCCACAGAUGGCUAAGCAUGCCAUUUGCAACUUUGUAGUGUACGUUAUUCCUUGGCAAAACGAAACUAAACUACUGGAGUCUAGAUGCCAAUAAACCUACCUGGCUUCCAGCAGAGACCAGCAACCAGUUGCUUAGAUUUAAAAAAAAAAAAAGGCAAUAACACAAAUAAAGAUGGGCUUUAUCAAUGCCUGUUAACUCAGCUACUUAUGUAUGCUUGUGCUAUGCAAGUUAAACUAUGUAACUUUCCUUAAAGCACAGUAUGAUCUCA